AUGGGGAGAUGGUGGCGGUGGAGCUGGACGUGUACCAGUACGCUGCAGCUGCUGCAGUCAUUCCGGAGAAGCCACACCGCUUCCGCGGUGUCUUCGAGCUCAACGGCGUGGCUCGUGGGCCGCAGCAGGGGGACUGGUAUGCCUGCCCGAGCCAGGAGGCUCCACGGCUCGUCGGUGGUCUCGAUGUUGCGGCAGACACCAUGGUGCUGCUGCGGGUCCUUCUCCACGAGUUCCUGCCAGUCUCAGGCCUUGCCCCGUACAGGGAUCAGGCCAUGGAAGCCUUGGACGCGCAGUCAGGCCUCAGGGCAACAGCUCCGGGAACACCUUCUUCCAAGGAGUUGCUGGCACCCUACCAGGUUGGCACAAUACCAGAGAUCUACUAUAUCCCUGAGUGGAUCUCGAAGGAGGAAGAGGCGGAGUUCUUUCAGAUCGCUGAUGGGGACAUGCGACAUGCGCACGAGAUCAUCUCAGGAGUGGGGUGCAGGUGACAGAUGUACCUGUGGACGAGGGCUGAUGCGGAUGCCUCUGCCAGAGUCGCAGCAGAAGUUAGCGGAUGCGCUGCACCAGCUCGGCGUCUUCGACGCAGCGCUGUAUCCCAUGAAUAGCAUUCGCAUCAACGGCUACCGGCCCGGACAGGGCAUCCAUCCGCACUGCGAUGGGCCUGUCUACUACCCGAAAGAAUCACCUUCUCGCUUGGAAGUGGAUCGUGACACUAUCCGCCCAUGCGCCGCCUUAACUUUUUCGACCGUCAUGUCGUGA